AUGGCACAACUUGGGAAUCAAGGACAAUUCUUAGCCUUUGAUGAGUUCGGCCGUCCUUUCAUAAUCAUAAAAGAGCAAGAAAAGAAAGCCCGCGUAAAAGGUUUAGAAGCCCAAAAAGCCAACAUUCAAGCUGCCAGAGCUGUCACAAAUCUUCUAAGAACCAGCUUAGGUCCAUGCGGGAUGGAUAAAAUUUUAGUUUCCAAAGAUGGAGAUGUCACAGUAACCAACGACGGCGCUACAAUUCUAGACAAAAUGGAAGUCCAGCACCAAAUCGCAAAACUCCUUGUAGAGCUCAGCAAAUCCCAAGAUGACGAGAUCGGAGACGGGACAACAGGAGUCGUCGUGCUCGCUGGAGCUUUGCUUGAACGUUCUCUCAGUCUUCUUGACAAAGGGAUCCAUCCAUUGAGAAUCUGUGACGGCUAUGAGCGUGCAUGUGAAAUUGCAGUGAGACACCUCGAAAGCACCUCAGAAGAGCUUGAUAUCCAGGCUAAUAACCAUGAAGUCCUCAAAAAAUGUGCCAUGACUGCUCUAUGCAGCAAAGUAGUGUCAGCCCACCAGCAGAAGUUAGCUGAUAUUGCUGUUGAAGCUGUAUUAGACGUCGCAGACUUGACCAGAAGAGACGUGAAUUUUGAACAUAUCAAAGUUGAAGGUAAGCCUGGAGGGUCACUUGAAGACACUGCUCUUAUCAGAGGAAUCGUCAUUGAUAAAGAUAUGUCACAUCCUCAAAUGCCUAAGGUGGUAAAUGAUGCCAAAAUUGCAAUCUUAACCUGCCCAUUUGAGCCUCCAAAGCCUAAAACUAAGCAUAAGAUUGAAGUAACGUCAGCUGAAGAAUACCAAAAGCUUUAUGAGCAGGAACAAGGGUACUUCGUCAAAAUGAUUGAAGACGUAAAAAAUAGCGGAGCUAAUAUGGUUCUUUGUCAGUGGGGAUUUGAUGAUGAAGCUAACCACUUAUUGAUGAGCAAUAACUUGCCAGCUGUCAGAUGGGUAGGAGGAGUCGAAAUUGAGCUAAUUGCAAUGGCCACUGGAGGAAGAAUUGUCCCAAGAUUCCAAGAGCUGUCACCUGAAAAGCUUGGACAUGCUGCUGUUGUUAGAGAAAUCGGGUUUGGCACUACAGAUGAUAGAAUGAUCGUGAUUGAAGGAGGCACAAGCUUAAGCGCACUUACAAUUUUGGUCAGAGGAGGAAACAAAAUGAUUGUUGAUGAGGCUAAAAGAUGUCUUCAUGAUGCUAUUUGUGUAGUUAGAAACAUGGUGAGAGACUCUAGAAUCGUUUAUGGAGGUGGCUGUGCUGAAUUAUUGUGCUCUAUUGCUGUCAAUAAUGAAGUAGAUAAAGAGCCAACCAUUGAACAAUAUGCGAUGAGAGCUUUUGCAGAUGCCUUAGAAGAAAUCCCAACUGCACUAUCAGAAAACAGUGGGCUUAAUCCUAUUGACACAGUAACUAUGCUUAAAGCAGCAAUGAAUGAAGAUUCCUCAAAGAGAUUCGGAGUUGACUGCUUAAACCAGGGUACAAAUGACAUGAAAGAGUUGUGCGUCUACGAGUCCUUGAACAGCAAAACUCAACAGCUGCAGCUUGCUACCCAGCUCGUAAGAAUGAUUCUCAAAAUUGACGAUGUUUUCGCCCCAAGCCAAUACGAAUAA